CCUAGAUCCGGGGAAGGGUUUUGCAAACGUACCCAGAACUGUUUCCAAGGUUUCCUCAGAUUUGGGCUGUUCCGCAGCGGCAGGUCCCGGGAACCAAGGCAACAGAUUAUCUUCCUAGGCUCGCGAGAGCGCCACCUUCUCCCACUGCUGCUGGGGACCCCCAGUAGCAAUGGCUCCGGUGUCCGGCUCGCGCACCCCGGAUAGGGAGGCCUCGGGCUCGGGGGGAAGACGUCGCAGUUCGUCCAAGAGUCCGAAGCCCAGCAAAUCUGCCCGCUCCCCGCGGGGCCGCCGCUCUCGCUCGCACUCUUGCUCUCGGUCCGGGGACCGGAAUGGACUCAGCCAUCAGUUGGGUGGCCUCAGCCAAGGCUCCCGAAACCAGUCCUACCGCUCACGCUCCCGGUCGCGUUCUCGAGAGCGGCCCUCUGCACCCCGGGGCAUCCCCUUCGCUUCUGCCUCCUCGUCAGUCUAUUAUGGCAGCUACUCGCGCCCCUACGGGAGCGACAAGCCUUGGCCUAGCCUCCUCGACAAGGAGAGGGAGGAGAGCCUGCGGCAGAAGAGAUUAAGUGAGAGAGAGAGAAUUGGAGAACUGGGAGCUCCUGAAGUAUGGGGACUUUCUCCAAAGAAUCCUGAACCAGAUUCUGAUGAACAUACACCAGUGGAGGAUGAAGAGCCAAAGAAAAGCACUACUUCAGCUUCCACUUCAGAAGAAGAAAAAAAGAAGAAGAAGAAGUCUAGCCAUUCAAAAGAAAGGUCUAAGAAAAGGAGAAAGAAAAAAUCAUCAAAAAGAAAACAUAAGAAGUAUUCUGAAGAUAGUGACAGUGACUCUGAUUCUGAAACAGACUCCAGUGAUGAAGAUAACAAAAGGAGAGCAAAGAAAGCCAAGAAAAAGGAAAAGAAGAAGAAACACAGAUCGAAGAAAUAUAAGAAAAAGAGGUCUAAGAAGAGCAGAAAAGAGUCCAGUGAUUCAAGCUCUAAAGAAUCCCAAGAAGAGUUUCUGGAAAAUCCCUGGAAGGAUCGAACAAAGGCUGAAGAACCCUCAGAUUUAAUUGGCCCAGAGGCUCCAAAAACACUUACCUCUCAAGAUGAUAAACCUUUGAACUAUGGCCAUGCUCUGUUACCUGGUGAAGGCGCAGCUAUGGCUGAAUAUGUAAAAGCUGGAAAACGUAUCCCACGAAGAGGUGAAAUUGGCUUGACAAGUGAAGAAAUUGCAUCAUUCGAAUGCUCAGGUUAUGUAAUGAGUGGUAGCAGGCAUCGCCGAAUGGAGGCUGUGCGACUGCGAAAAGAGAACCAGAUCUAUAGUGCUGAUGAGAAGAGAGCCCUUGCAUCCUUUAACCAAGAAGAGAGACGAAAGAGAGAGAACAAGAUUCUGGCCAGUUUUCGGGAAAUGGUUUACAGAAAGACCAAAGGGAAGGAUGACAAAUAAGGAUUUUCUGAUUGUCCAGAAGACAUUUUUAACAACAAAAAAGAAAGUCUGGGUUCCACACAUACAUAGAAAAAGAUUAUUAUGUUCUGAGAAAGCUUUACAGUGCUACUGUGCCUUCUAUUUAAUUCUUUCAGUCCUUCAAUAAAAAGCUACUUAUUGAUAUAACUUCAGCAAGUUCUUUGGGUUAUUUUGGAUUGACCAUAAUAACUUUCUGGUUUAAAAAUUCAAAUUAUGGGCUGGGCAUGGUGGCUUACGCCUGUAAUCCCAGCACUUUGGGAGGCCAAGGCAGGGGGAUCACUUGAGGACAGGAGUUCGAGACCAGCCUGGCCAACAUGGUGAAACCCUGUCCCUACUAAAAAUACAAAAUCAGCCAGGAGUGGUGGCGCACACCUGUAGUCCCAGCUACUCAAGAGGAUGAGGCAGGAGAAUCACUUGAACCUAGGAGGUGGAGGUUGCAGUGAGCCGAGAUUGUGCCACUACACUCCAGCCUGGGCAACAGAGCAAGACUCUGUCUCAAAAAAAAAAAACAUGCCAGGCACGGUGGCUCACGCCUGUAACCCCAGCACUUUGGGAGGGCAAAGUGGGUGGAUCACCUGAGGUCAGGAGUCGAGACCAGCCUGGCCAACAUGGUGAAACCCUGUCCCUACCAAAAAAUACAAAAUUUAGCCGGGCAUGGUGGUGGGCGCCUGUAAUCCCAGCUACUUGGGAGGCUGAGGCAGGAGAAUUGCUUGAAUCCAGGAGGCGGAGGUUGCUGUGAGCCGAGAUUGUGCCAUUGCACUCCAGCCUGAGCAAGAAGGGUGAAACUCUGUCUCAAAAAAAAAAAAAAAAAAUCCAAAUUAUGAUUAAAAUCCUACUGUAUUGGAAGAGGUGGCAUGAAAAAAAGUAUUAGUGAGAUGAGAAACUUCAAUCUCACACCAUGAGACAGUGCUACUAUUAGCUUUUAUGUGGUGCCUGUCCCACCCCCCACCUCUACCCCAACUGAACUUUUAGGAAAUUAUCACUCCUCUGUGUUGAAUGUGUUACAAAUGGACUUGAUAGAAACAUAUAGGAGGCCACUUUUGUUAACAAAAUGAAGGCAUUGCUGCGAAAAGCAAAUCUGGAAUUUGAAAACUGAUUUGUGUACUAUAAUAUAUGAUCUGCCCUGGAAAUAAUGGGUUUUGAUUUAAGUCCCUGCCUCCACUCUAAAACCAACAAACAAACCAAAAAGCAAACUAACCCACAGAUUUGUUGAAUUGAAAAUAUGAACAUUAGAUAUUUUAAAUGGUUUCUUUUUUGAGAUGGAGUUUCGCUCUUGUUGCCCAGGCUGGAGUGCAGUGGGGCGAUUUCGGCUCACCACAACCUCCGCCUCCUGGGUGCGAACAAUUCUCCUGCCUCAGCCUCCUGAGUAGCUGGGAUUACAGGCAUGUGCCACCAUGCCCAGCUAAUUUCGUAUUUUUAGUAGAGAUGGGGUUUCUCCAUGUUGGUCAGGCUGGUCUAGAACUCCCAACCUCAGGUGAUCUGCCCGCCUCGGCCUCCCAAAGUGUUGGGAUUACAGGCGUGAGCCACCGUGUCUGGCCUAAAUUCUUAAUAAGUUACUUAAAAAUGGUUCUUUCAAAUAUAAAGUCUUAAGAAGUCUACUCUUUAUGCCCAUGUAAGUACUUUAUUUCAAUCUGAGCUGAUAUGAGCUUGAGGAUAGGAUGACAUCCAAAAGAAUAGGAGUUCUGAUAAGGAAAAAUAUAAUGAGUCAGUAUUUUAGCUUAAUUGUUUCAUAAGAGAAACUAAAAUGAUAUUAAAUAUUUUUAACUGUCUUUCAUAUACUAAGUAGAUUUCAUUUUAUACACUGUUAAACCUUUCUGUUUAAGUUGGGGAGAAAUGGAAAAUUGUGGGACUCUGAUAUCAUGAUAUUGUUCCUUCGUUUAUUUUGUUCAAUUUUGUUUAGGUCAGAAGAGUGAAUGGGGGAGGGAACCCUGAAAGUUUUGGCUGUUUUCGUUAAAGUUGGUUUUCUGUUUUCUGUUUUUUGUUUUUUGAGAUAGAGUCUCACUCUGUCACUCAGGCUGAAGCCCAGUGGUGCGACCUUGGUUCACUGUAACCUCAGCCUCCUGGGUUCAAGUGAUCCUCCCACCUCAGCCUCCCGAGUAGCUGGGAUUACAGGCACUCACCACCCCACCUAGCUUAUUUUUGUAUUUUCAAUAGAGAUGGGGUUUCGCCAUCUUGGCCAGGCUGGUCUCGAACUCCUGACCUCAAGUGAUCUGCCCACCUCAGCCUCCCGAAAUGCUAGGAUUACAGGUGUGAGCAACCGUGCCUGGCUGUUUUUGUUAAGGUUGUUUGAUCUGCAUUAUUAUUACAUGCCUGUGAUAAAUUUAAAUUACCUGGGUGAUAAGGACAUUCUGAUUAUACUAUUGUAAAAUGCCCUCUUGCCUUAUAUUUUUAAGUGGUUGUUUUUCAAGUGUUUAAAUAAGGCAGUCAUAUUUCAAAGUAUAGAGCGAAAGUUUUUUUAUUAUUAUUUUUGAGACAGGGUCUCCCUCUGUCACCCAGGCUAGAGUUCAGUGGUGCAAUCUCAGCUCACUGCAACCUCUGCCUCCUGGGCUCAAGCAAUCCUCCACCUCAGCCUCCUGAGCAGCUGGCACUACCAGUGUGCACCACCAUGCCUAGCUAAUUUUUGUAUAUUUAGUAGAGACGGGGUUUCACCUUGUUGCCCAGGCUGGUCUCGAACUCCUGACCUCAAACAGUCCACCGCCUCGGCCUCCCAAAGUGCUGGGCGUGAGCCACCACACCCAGCCAAAAGUUUUAUUAUUAAAUAGUAUUAACAGUCAUAAAUACUAUUAAAUAUAUGUUCCAGGAAAUGUCUACUUUUAACCCGCAACGACUGAAAUAAAGAGCAUGUAGCAACAUUAAUGACCCCUGAAUUUCUGUUUAUUUAUACCUAAUCAUAGUUGCUGCCUAGCCUAAUAAAUCUGUAGUUUUCAAAAGUUAAAAAGAAACUAGUUCCCAAAGUUUUGAAUCUCAAUCCAUCUACUUCCCUGAAUAAUAAAACCUGAAUUUUAUAAUACCCACUUAAAAAUUUUAUUCUCAGCUGGGCGUGGUGGCUCACGCCUGUAAUCCCAGCACUUUGGGAGGCGGAGGUGGGUGGGUCAUGAGGUCAGGAGAUCAAGACCAUCCUGGCUAACUCGGUGAAACCCCAUCUCUACUAAAAAUACAAAGAAUUUAGCCGGGUGUGGUGGCACGUGCCUGUAGUCCCAGCUACUCGGGAGGCUGAGGCAGGAGAAUCACUUGAACCUGGGAGGUGGAGGUUGCAGUGAGCUGAGAUCAUGCCACUGUACUCCGGCUUGGGAGACAGAGCGAGACUACGUCUCUAAAUAAAUAAAUAAAUAAAUAAAUAAAUAAUCUCUAAGGACAUUUUUUUUUUUUGGUUACUGGUUCCUAGAGAUGAAAUUAUUAUGUUCUCCUAUUUUCAGUAGGCAAGGUAGUUUAAAUGCAGAAAUUUUGUUAUAUAUGAAUAUUGUGACAUCAAGAACAGCUUCAUUGGCAUAUUCUUUGGGAAAGAGGCAGGAAGAAUAAAACGGCUAAAAGUAUUUUAUUUUCAGCUCAUGAGUGUUGUUACUGCUUCAAAUUGUGUUUAGUCACCUGAGCCAUAAAUCAGUUAUAGUAGGGCUAUUGUAUUUUAAAUAUAUUUUUUAUUCUCCAAGGAGA